UUGAAACCAAAAAAAAAAUAUACAAAAAAAAAAAAAAAAACUAAAAUAAAGAAAAAACUACAAACUACAAAAAUAUGGAAAAAGAUUUCUCAAUCGAAGAAAUCUCCGGUAACCAUCAUCGGUCGGCGGUGGAUGGAGCGACGGCGCUGAAUCGCAGUGCCUCCGAAUGGGCAUUCCAUCGUUUCAUACAAGAAUCCUCCGCCGCCGCAGCCGCAGACGACGCUAAUGCCGGAGAAUCUUCAGCUACGGCGACUGGUGUUUCCGUCUCUUCUCCUCCGAAUGUUCCGGUAGAUUCAGAGGAAUACAGAGCGUUUCUGAAGAGUAAACUCAAUCUAGCUUGUGCUGCUGUCGCCAUGAAAAGGGGAUCUUUCAUCAAACCUCAGGAUACUAAUUCUGGUAGAUCUGACAAUGGAGGAGGAGCAUAUACAACCAAUACAUCAGAACAAGACUCUCUAGCUUCUUCCAAAGUUUCACCAAUGAUGAGCAGUGCUAUAACAAGUGGAUCUGAGCUCUCUGGUGAUGAAGAAGAAGCUGAUGGUGAAACUAAUAUGAACCCUACCAAUGUUAAACGCGUCAAAAGGAUGCUCUCUAACAGGGAAUCAGCUAGACGGUCCAGAAGAAGAAAGCAAGCACACUUGAGUGAGCUAGAGACACAAGUUUCUCAGCUGCGUGUAGAGAAUUCAAAGCUCAUGAAAGGUCUCACUGAUGUAACUCAAACAUUCAACGACGCAGCUGUAGAAAACAGAGUUCUGAAAGCCAAUAUCGAGACCUUACGGGCAAAGGUGAAAAUGGCUGAAGAGACAGUGAAGAGACUCACAGGUUUCAACCCAAUGUUCCACACUAUGCCUCAGAUUGUAACAACUCUCUCUCGUCCUUCAGUGACAUUAACUUCUCCAGAUACCACAAGCAGCCAUUUGACCACGCCAGAGAUCGUCAGCUCGGGUAACAAAAGCAAGGCUUUGACCGGGUGCAAGAUUAACAGAACAGCUUCCAUGCGUAGAGUUGAGAGCUUGGAACAUCUGCAGAAACGUAUUCGAAGCGUUGGGGAUCAGUAGCUGCUAAGAAGAAUCUUGAUUUGUAACAUUAUCAAGAGAGAUAUUGAGACAAAAUGAAAUGUUUUAUGUUUUGUAAAGAAUUGUUUUCAGAUUAUUUAACUACUCAUUCUUCUUGUUUUUUAACCCAUUUCUUCGUUGAUUGUUUGUGUUGAACUUCUAAUUUUUAUUCAUUUUUAAGUAUUUUACUUUGUAAGUUUAA